AUGACGACUUGCUUCUACCUUGAUCUCCUCAUCACCAUAGCAAAAGUCCAUGUGACGAGGAUGCAACACGACGUUGCUGGCCAAAUCUCGCGAUCUGCUCAACAAGCCGAUGAUGUCGUGCUCCCCAGGGACGCUGUUGAGCACAGGCGAGUGCUCAAUAUUCUAGCGCAAAGACGACAUCGUAGAAGGAAGAAAGAGAGACUAGCAGCAGCAGACAGGAUCUUGGCUGGAGCAGGGCCGCCAAAUACCAGGCCCGUCGACGCUGCAGUCAACGAUUCUCGCCCUGACUACAACAAUGAUCGUUCAACCCUGCUGCCAUCUAACUACGACUUUGAUUUCGAGAACUUGAGCUGGGAGACUGGCACUUCCACAGCUGCGCCUAUUGCAGCUCUCUCAGCCGAUCCAUUGAUGACCAGCAACAUCACCGACAUCAUCCAAGACGACGCCAUCCAAACCAGCACAUUCCCAGACGAUCACAACCUCUCAAUGCCAGACUUAGACCUCCUGCGCGCCGCACUCGAGAAUGGCAAAAGACUGAAUCAAGCCGACCAACUGUUCAGCCUUACAGCAGAAAGCACAUUCCAGUCAAGAGACGGCCUUGGAUGGACGUUUGCCUUGCCUGAGAACCUCAAGCCCACGCCGGCACAGCUCUCUCUUCCAAAUCACCCCAUCAUUGAUGUUCUACCUUGGCCUCAAGUCCGCACCAAGUUGAUCAUGAGUUCUGGCCGCGGCAUCCCACUGAUGGCAGUGCUUUGA